CCCGGGCGGCGAUCCCCGGCGGCCGGAGCCCGCUGCAGACACCAUGCAGAACCCUAAUGAAGAUACCGAGUGGAAUGACAUCUUGCGUAAAAAGGGCAUCCUUCCUCCGAAGGAAAAACUUAAGGAACAAGAGCAGGCAAAGGAGGAGGAAGAGCUGCGUAUUCUUCAACAGCAGUCCAUUGUGAAAACCUAUGAAGACAUGACUUUGGAAGAGCUAGAAGAUAAUGAAGAUGAGUUUAAUGAGGAGGAUGAGAGAGCCGUUGAAAUGUACAGACAGCAAAGGCUUGCAGAAUGGAAAGCAACUCAAAUGAAGAACAAAUUUGGGGAACUUUUGGAGAUUUCAGGUCUGGAUUAUGUUCAAGAAGUUACGAAAGCUGGCAAAGAUAUAUGGGUAAUCUUGCAUCUUUACAAACAAGGAAUUCCACUGUGUGCUUUAAUAAAUCAACAUUUGAGUGGACUUGCAAAGAAAUUCCCAGAUGUCAAAUUUAUCAAAGCUAUUUCUACAACUUGCAUACCCAACUACCCUGAUAGGAACCUGCCCACAAUUUUCAUCUACCUUGAAGGAGAUAUCAAGGCCCAGUUCAUUGGACCUCUAGUGUUUGGUGGCAUGAACCUGACAAGAGAUGAACUUGAAUGGAAGAUUUCAGAGUCAGGUGCCAUCAAGACAGAUCUAGAAGAAAACCCCAGGAAACAGAUCCAGGAUCAGCUAAUGUCCUCAGUCAAGAGCUCUUUUUCUACAAAGAAAGACAGUGACUCAGAGGAGGACUGAUUUCUACACUGCCUUGGAUGAAGCUCAGCUGUACCAUCUUAAACCUUGACGUGUUCAUGUGUAGGGCUACAAGUGUCGCACUACAAAAUUGGUGCCAACACUACAAAAAUGGCAUCGUUUAAAAUACGAACUUCUCUGUAGUACUACAUUUUUGUAUCACCACAUGUAAUGUGCUAGAGGGGGUCUCUGUAUCUCCAGCAUCCCAGAGUGCUCUGCUCUUCUUUUAUGCUUCCCUCACCACCACCAACUGAGGGGACAUGCAUUUGUUGCCCUGACUUUUGGACCACUGCAAAGGCAAUAUAUUAUCUGUCCAGGGUUUACUUUUUCUCUUGAAGUCACUGAGCCAUAACAGUAUGUCAUUGUAAUGGUUUCCGGCUUUCUCUUUAUUACAACUGUUUAAAAUCCUAAAGAGCCUGAAAGGCCUCUAUACAAUAGCGAUGAUUUAAGUCCUUCUACAAAUUUUAAAAUACAGAAAACAGUAGAAACAGUUAUCCUUUUCAUCUUAUUGUUUUGAUAAAUCAAUAAGUAACUUUAUACAAAAUUUGACUAUCAAAGGGUUUGGCUACAGGGUACUGUUUUUUAACUAAUUUAUAUCAUCAUGUAAAUAAAUCAUAACUGUCCAAGAUGCAAUAAAGGGUGUAAUGUAACACUGUA